AUGACUUUAGUAGCAAUAGGUGCAUGCUAUAUCGACACAAUCUUGACAGUUCCUUACUAUCCCGACGAGGAUGAAAAGCUACGUUCCUCCAGCCUCUGUCGCCGCAGAGGUGGAAACUGUCCAAACAGCCUUGAAGUGCUGGGACAAUUAUUGCAACAUGGCCCCCGGAGAGAGGGGUCAACGUUGAGUUUGAUCUCUGUCCUUUCAUCGGCAUCAUCGGUAUCAUCAAAUAGGAUACAGGAAGGACUCGGAGAUAUGGUUGAGAUCAAGAACUGCAUUUACCGAGAGCGAUUCAGCGAACCAGCAUCCAGCUAUAUCAUCAUGAGUCAGGCCUCCGGCAGUCGAACGAUUGUCAACUAUAAUGAGCUGCCUGAAAUGAGGUGUGAUGAAUUUGAAUCUGCAAUUGAGCCUUUUCAUACAGCGGCUGAAGUUCCGUGGUUCCACUUCGAGGUAUGUUCAACCCGAAUAUUGUGGGUUCCACAGAUGGUACGACACACGAAGGAUACACUGACUUUGAACAAGGGUCGUGUGCCAGAAGUUACAAUCGAGUGCAUUCGUUAUAUCAGACACCGAUUCCCAGAAGCGUCCGUCAGCGUUGAGAUUGAAAAACCGGGUCGGCCCGGCCUGCAACAACUUGCUGAGGUGGCCGACGUUGUCAUCUACUCCAAAGGCUGGGCACAGAACCAGGGGUAUACAACAGCCGAAGACUGCCUGAGGAAGCAAAUGCCAAAAACCCGUCAGGCAUCAUUACUGUGUUGUACUUGGGGUGAUGACGGUGCCGCAGCACUCGAGCCAACGACCGGGGAUUUUGCUCAUGUCUCGGCACACACCGUUGAGCAGGUUGUAGAGUGA